GACCUGCCUAACCCCUCUCCCGGUGCAGAGACAGCCCGAGACACAUGGGCGUCUGCCAGUCUGUGAAUACACACUGCAUGCACAGGACAUGCCCCCCCAGGGGCAACUACAUCCCUGUAUAACAAAGGAGUCUGAUCACCCCAUGGGAUUCUGCAGCUGAGCUCAGGGGCAUGUAGAGCACCCACCCAGCUAGACACCUGCCCUCCCUGUGCUGUGCCUGGAAGCCCAGCCAUGAAGGACGGGGGUGAAUCCAAGGACCAGCAGCUCACGGUUGCCCUCCGCAUCCGGCCCAUUAAUGAGACCGAGCUGGUGGAAAGAGCCACGAUCAUCGCCCACAGGGUGGACGAGCAGAUGGUGGUUCUGAUGGACCCGAUGGAAGAUCCGGAUGACAUCUUAAGAGCCAACCGGUCCAGGGAGAAGUCCUACGUGUUUGACGUGGCCUUUGAUUACACAGCGACUCAGGAUACUGUGUACCGUCUCACCACAAAAGGCCUCAUAGAAGGAGUUAUCUCUGGAUACAACGCCACCGUAUUUGCCUAUGGUCCCACAGGCUGUGGGAAGACCUACACCAUGUUGGGAACCGACCGGGAACCUGGAAUAUACAUUCGGACACUUAAUGACCUCUUUAAAGCCAUUGAAGAGACGAGCGAUGACAUGGAGUACGAAGUUUCUAUGUCUUAUAUGGAGAUCUAUAAUGAAAUGAUCCGGGAUCUACUGAACCCCUCGCUGGGUUAUCUGGAUUUACGGGAGGACUCAAAGGGAAUAAUCCAAGUAGCCGGAAUCACGGAGGUGUCCACCAUCAAUGCCAAAGAGAUCAUGCAGCUGCUCAUGAAAGGGAAUAAGCAAAGGACACAGGAACCCACAGCGGCCAAUAAAACCUCUUCCCGGUCUCACGCCAUACUGCAAGUCACGGUCAGACAGAAGAGCCGCGUGAAGAACAUCACCCAGGAGGUCCGGGUGGGACGCCUCUUCAUGAUUGACUUGGCGGGAUCAGAGAGGGCAUCUCAGACCCAGAACCGCGGACAGCGUAUGAAGGAAGGAGCCCAUAUUAACAGGUCUCUGCUGGCGUUGGGGAAUUGCAUUAACGCCCUGAGUGAUAGGGGUGGCAACAAGUAUGUCAACUACCGUGACAGCAAGCUGACCAGACUGUUAAAGGACUCGUUGGGUGGAAACAGUCGUACCGUGAUGAUUGCUCACAUUAGUCCAGCCAGCAGUGCCUUCGAGGAGUCCCGGAACACGCUUACCUAUGCUGACCGUGCCAAAAAUAUCAAGACUCGGGUCAAGAGGAACCUUCUCAAUGUCUCAUACCACAUUGCUCAAUACACCAGCAUCAUCUCUGAUCUGCGGAAUGAGAUCCAGAGGCUGAAGGAGAAAAUCGACGAGCAGGGCCUUAAACAGAUGAGGAGCGAGAAGGGUGACAUUCGGAACAUCCAAGCGGAGGUCCAGCUUCACUCCUCACCUUACGACCGGCAUGAGAUGGAACAGCUAAGAGAGCAGCUGAUCAGGGCCUUCCGGGAGCAAAUGGACAUCCGCCGGCAGCUUAUGGAGCUGGAGAAUAAUCACAUGGAGAUCCAGAUGGAAACUUCACGCCACUUCCUCGUCAUCGCAGACUGGGAGCAAGAGAAAACACGGCGGAUCCACAAAUGGAGAGGAGAGCUCAGGAGAGAAAGCUACGGCAAGGAUGACAGCGAAAAAGACUCUGACACAGGAGACGACCAGUCUGACAUCAUGGAACCACCAGAGGUCACCAUGGCCAGGGAGAACAUCCAUGCGCUGGUGGGGGACCAGAACAAGCUACGCAGGCGAAAGCUUGAAUUAGAGAAGACGUUUAAGGAUAUUCGACAUCGAGCUCGGAAGCUAGAGGAAGUUCUUCCAAAGCGUAUCAGCUCAGAAGAGCAGAGGGAAGUACUGAGCCUACUAUGCAAAGUCCACGAACUGGAGAUCGAAAACACCGAGAUUCAGUCGCACGCCUUGCUCAAGGAUAACAUGAUCCGGCAGAAGACGUACUUGGUGCAGCGGUUCGAGCAGUAUCGCUGCCUCUGUGAUGAAAUCAUCAGGCAACAGCGGAGGCUAAUCAGCGAUAGUAACAUGGCUGUUCCUCACCCUCUGGAGAACCUUUAUCAGCUCUACCUUCGGGAGUUAGAAGAAGGCAGCUUGGAACGUAUCAGCCUCAUCGAUAAAGUGGGAGUCUUGGCUCUAAAGGACACCAACAGUUCCCUUCCGAAACUUCCACAACUCAUGGCAGAAGAAAAUUCACAGGAGCCGGACUCGGACCAGGAGAGCGUGAGAACGUUUGGAUCGGAUAACAGGAAUCCGAGUAUCAGGGAUUCAUACAGGAACAUUCUUCCUAGACUCCUGUCCGAAACAGAUAGCGAUACAAAUAAAGUAUUUAAAACCAGCCCGCGUGCGCGUCACUUUAAGAACUCUAGUGUGGUGACCCCACCCCCAAUACACGUGAAUGGAAUCGUACGGCAGGAGCGUGCUGCUCGUGACAAUUUGGUGAGCAUGAGCAGCCAUAUGAAUUCUUCUCCCGACAGCGGUGACAAGGUCACUUUAACAGGUAAAGAGAAGAGAGAAAUCAUGAGAGGCAUCAAGAGUAUUGCCGUGAAAGCGGCCCGGCGCCGGUCCAAGGUUAUCGAAGGUGACCGCCUCCAAUUGCUGCAUCCCAUGAAAGAGAAGAGCAACCUCUCCGUCCACUCACUGAGUGAGAGCGAGGACAAUCCGUUCCUGGACCGGCGGCUGCCAAGCUCUCCACUCCACCAUGCAGCUAGCGAGGACAACCUGUCCAGCAGCACGGGGGAGAUGGCCAUUGCCCCCAGACCUGGCAAACACCAAAGAGAUUCCCCCAACCUCUGGCAGGGAGUACAGAAAAAGGGGACACAAAAACCAGAGACAUUAGAGGUGAAACGUAGAAAGAAAAGGUCAAGGUCUUUUGAGGUCACUGGCCAAGGGCUCGUCCGACCAAAGAACCAUCCCCCACACAUCCGAGCUCUGGAGAGCAACUCCGAACACAAGAUCACGGCCAAUGCCCAGACCCUCAACAGCCGCCUGCCCGGGAAAGUCGUGCUCCCGAUUGCUCAAGUUAAACUUCCGCAGAACCAAGCAGGAACUGUAAUUAAAAUGGCGGACCAGCAAGGCACAGGAAAUCACCUUAACCAGACAGGAAAUGUCAAGAAGCAGAUAUCUACCAACCAACGUCCGCGUUUCAACUACGUACAUGCAAACGCCGGAGGCAAUUACGGAAAAGAGAUCAGGGUUCGGAAACACUGACGGAACGUCGCCUGUUUAACUACAAGACUUCGUGAAAAGACCUGGAAAAUAGUAAUUUUUUUACC